AAGUAUAAGCACAGAUGUCCCUGAAGAUGGUUGUUCCCACAUGUAAAAGUUUUGCAAGCGCGUGUGCGCUAUGGACGCUGGGCUUGAUAUUUGGCAUCAAGUUUCAUGAUGUUUUCAUCAGCAUUCCGCUGCAGUCCCGCUGGCGGGCGUCAGAAACCAGCGGGAACGCGUUCUCACGCAUGUUUAAGGGAAGCGGGUCGCUCGCCCCGAGCGGAUUUUCCAGCAGCACGGGCGGAUCUCCGGCGCCGUCCCAGCAAUCGAACAAAAUCCCAGCCGGAAAAACCACCGGCACGGCCUCCUGGAAGACCGGGCUGGUGCGAUAUUUUCGACCAACGCUACCGUGGCAACGCUACUCCGAGCAGACAGCUGAAGCCGUAUUCGGCCGCGGACUUGGUUCCGCCGUGGAGCGCGCCAGCCAGUGGCUCGCAGCCAAGACUGCGGCCGCCGGGGCCCCGCUGCUCGUUUUCGACGAGACUGUCGACAGGGACAUCUUGAAACCCGCGGCGGAGGAGGAGAAAUCAGGUGCAGCCGUCGACGAACUCGACGCCGCCGCGGUUUUGGGGUUCCGCGCCAGACUCGGCAGAGAGGUGGGGCACAGCCGGUUAGCGGCGUUGCCACGCGGGAGUUUGUACGUCUUCCCGGUGACGAACUUGCGCGGUGUCGCGCUCGCACACAGGCUGGUCGAACUCACAUCCGCCGGGAAACCGCGGAUCCCCAACCCACAAAAGUCCGACUACGGACUGCACUCAGUUGCGUGCUGGGUGAUGGGCGAAACCACCAUCGGCGAAAACGGGCUCAGCGGCGGCUGCGUCGUUGAGAUUCGCCCGCCGGAAAAGGAGCUUGCUACCUACUUCCAAGCUGGGACAGGGGUUGUAACAGGGCUGCUGGGACAAAGUCGCAGCGCCGCCGCGGCGCCGAACAUGCAACUGUGCGAAACUGUACCUCUGGGGGCAGCGGAAAAGGAGUCUGGUCCUGCUGGGUGUGAGAAAAUGUAAAAUUUCUGUGGCGGUCUUGCGAUGUGUCGUGCGGAAAAAAAUAAGAUGCAGGUAAGCAAUUGCAUGGCACGGUAAGUGCUCCCUUUGCAGCCGCUACUGUGCGCCUACGUGGACGACCCUGCCAUUCUGCUUGGAAGACAUUUUCAUAUUUUCAUUUAGCAUGUGUGUGACCUCAACAGCAAUGGCUACAGUUCCAUUUCCGCAAAUAUCUCUCCUCGAUAAUCGUCUUCUUCAGAAGAGCGAGGCUUCCGGGAUACGGUCUACUUAUUACCCACAAUGGCGGCGGCUCGAGGGUUCAUCAGGAACUGCAAGCAACGUCGCUGCAGCUCCCGAAGCUAAUAUCGCUCCUGCAAUGCCAGACAUAUCUUUCGGCAUUACCGCUGGGACAGCAGCAGCGGAACCUCCACCCGCCCCUGGUGCUAAAGAGAGCAGCGCCACUAUCGCCUCAACAAGCGCGACUGAAAGCAGCACUAUUACAACAACGCCUGCAACAUCUUCAGCACCGCCGCUUCCUUCGCCGCAACCCUCCAGCACGUUGUCCGCAGACGGGUCUUUGCAGCUUCCGCGCGACGACCCCACACAAUGGGCGGCCGCGGCCUCGAAGUUCUGGGAGAUCGCAAAGCAGACCGGCACCGACAAGGUCUCGUCUCACCGGUACCACGAGCUGUACGGGAAAUACUUACCCGGCAAGUUCCUGGACCCGAAACUGCGGAAGCACAUCUUGUUUGAGAUCGGCCUGGGCUGCACGAUGGUGUACGGCCCGGGGAAGAGCGCGACCCUGUGGCGGAAACUCGGGUUCGAGCAGGUGCAUUUUCUCGAGUACUUCCCCAAGUGCGUGGAGUUGUACGAAAGCCGAAUCAAGCAGGAGGGCUACCAUGUCCACGUGGGCAGCCAGGCGGACGUGCGCCGGGUGGAAAAGAUCAAGGCAAGCCUCCAGGAGGAGGCCGAGGUGGUAAUCGACGACGGGGGGCACCGCAACUACGAGAUGAUCACCUCCGUGUUCCAGCUCUGGCCCAUCGUGCGCAACGGCGGCCUGUACUUCUGUGAGGACUGGAGCGAAACCGCGUACAUCCCGGGUUACCUGGACGCCCCGGCGCGGAUCGCAGAGCCGGGCGGCGAGCAGCCCGGCACCGCACAGUUCACCUUGGCCACGCUUCUGCGCCACAUGUUCUGCCGCAUCGUAGACGCGCCGUGCUUUGGCGGCCUAGUUUUCCUCGAAGCGCAGUAUAACCACGUGAUGCUGCGCAAGGCAUUGUAGGAAAUGAGUUUGUAGUGUGAUGCAGACACAGGACUGGUCGCACUUGAUGUUUACAGCGAAAAAUGCAACUUUUGCACUGUGUGUGACAGAAAUCCGCUGCCCUAGGCUUGUCGCGGCAAAUUAUGAACGUCGAGCUUGGAUAUUUAGAAAUCGAGCAGCCGGGCGGGGACGUCAAUGUCUGGUCGCUCUCGCGCCGUCGC